CCACAGCCAACUUUCAUCCAACAAAGGCCUAUGUUCCAAAACUCAAAUUUCCAACAACCAUACCAAGCACAAGGUGGUCAAGGGUUCCAACAACAACAACAACCCGACAAGUUUGCUAAGCUUGAAGAUCUAGUGACCACCUUUGUGAGCACCAGCUCUCACAAGAUCGAGAAGAUCGAGCAAUUCAUGGAUGUGGCGACCUCAAAAUUUACCCCGGUCGAGGUGGGACUCCAAAGUCAUCAAGCAAGUCUUCAAAACUUGGAGGUGCAAAUUAGCAAUCUUACCAGGAUCCUCACCGAGAGACCAAGGGGAGUUCAACCUUCCCAAACCAUUCCAAACCCAAAAGACCAAAAUAAUGGGGUGAAUGUGAUUCAAUUGAGAAGCUGGAAGGUGACUCCGGAGGUUGUUGCCAAAGAAGUGAUCAUAAAGGAAGACUCUCUACCAGAGGAUGGAGAUGAAGAAAUCUCAGGAGAAAAGAAAGGAGUGGUGAGGAAGCCAUCUCUAACGCCACCUCCAGUGUCUUAAUACACGCCACCCCUUCAUUUCCCCACGAGGGUGCACAAAGAAAGAUUGGAGGCAGAAUGUGGCGGUUACAUGGAGAUGCUCAGAAAACUCCACCUCAACAGUCCCUUCAUUGAAGCAAUGGCCCACAUGCCACGGUAUUCAAAAUACCUCAAGGGGAUCUCUCUAAGAAGCCAAAGUUCCAAGACCUCGCCAAUGUCAUCUUAGGUGAGGAGUGCUCUGCUAUCAUCCUCAACAAGUUUCCCAAUAAGCAACCCGAUCCAGG